UAAUUUUCAAUCUCUCAUUGAUACAUAAGAAGGCCUAUAUUUUCAUUGACCAUCAAAGUUUGGCAAUCUUUAUUCCGAAGAAGGUUUACUCUUGAUUGCUCGAUUAUCAACAGCUCCCCUAGGCAUUUCAGUUAUUUAUGCAGAGAACAAGCAAAGAAAAUGUCAAUCUCAGCAAAUUCACCAUGGAGAGGUUGUGCCACAGAAUUUUCUCAACCAGUGACUGAAGAAGAAGAACAAGAAGCUCAAACUUUGGUUGAAACUAUUUUCUAUAUCAAUUGCCGAAUUGCAACUCCACCUCUUCAAGACAUUAUCUAUAGAAGUAGUGAAGGAGAUUCAGAUAUUAUUCAUCCUACUUUUUAUUGGGAUAUGACUCCAUACAGAGAGGCUUUUCGAAGUGGAUUUCAAGUAAUACAUCAAGAGAAUACCCCAAAUAAAAAGUUCUACAGUUUGAAUCAAAUUCAAGAUCAGUUUAGAAAUCUAGAUUCAAGAAUACCUGCACAGCAUGUCUUUAUCAGAGCCACAAUUAAUUGUAGCUGGAGUCCUAAGCUUGAACCAAAUACUAGAAUUCGAGUAUAUAGAUAUGAGAUAUAUGCUCCAGGUGGUAUUUGGAUAGCUGCAAGUCUUGGUGAACGUCAGAGGAUUCAUGCUCAAGAUGAAGUCUUGUUUGUUGCCGGCAUUGCUCCGCAAUAUAUACGUUGUGCUCAGCGUUUCAAGUUUAUUUCUGAUGAGAGGUAUACUAGAUGUAUAAGAGCAGAUAAUAAAAUAAGAGUGAAUGGCCGAUUCAAUCCAAAAUCACACCCAUUAGCACUACUCAACAUACAAAGACCAAUCUUCGAUUGCAUUGAUACCGGAAAUAAUCGUAGAUUGCCUUUAAGCACCAGCAUUCACCCUGCCACUGCCUCGGUGUUAGGCACCAUGAAAUGGUACUCAAUGGACGUGGCUAAUGUUCAGAGCUAUAUCGAUGCUGCAUUUCGCUUGGCGUACAAAAAUGAAGUGUAUCUGUUCAUGAAGAAUGAAUCCGUGCUUAUCGAUUAUGCACCAGGUUCUAAAAAUGACAGGAUUUUGAAUGGACCGAUACAAAUUUGCGAUGGUUAUCCAUCUCUUAAAGGAACUGCUUUUGCAGAUCAUGGAAUAGACUGUGCUUUCGGGUCUUACGAAUGGAAUGAAGCAUUCAUUUUCACCGGGAAUCUUUGCGCGAAGGUGAAUUAUGCACCGCAUACCACAAAUGAUAUAAUAAUCAGAGGGCCUUUAAGUAUUGCUGCAAUGUUCCCUUUUUUCAAAGGGACUGUAUUUGAAGACGGAAUAGAUGCAGCGUUUGAAUCAAGCAGGAGAUAUGAAGCUUACCUUUUCAAAGAGCGGCACUAUGCUCUUAUAAACUAUGGUUAUGAUUUCAAAAUCGUGGCCAUUCGGCGCAUCAUCGAUGGCUUUUUUAGCUUCAGAAACACUAUAUUUGAAAGCGGAAUUGAUGCAGCAUUCGCUUCACACAGAAAGAAUGAAGCAUAUAUUUUCAAAGGGAAGUUCUACGCCCUCUUCAACUUUGCUCCGGGCACAACGAAGGACUACAUCAUCGGUGGCAUUAAAGAAAUCCUCCCCAACUGGCCCUGCUUACAUGGCAUCCUGCCUCGCAAAAACCGUGGUCUUGAUGUUUCCUCAUCAUACUUUAACUUUAAAUCGAAUCAUCUAUGAAGCAUGAACCAGACACGCAAAUUACAAUGAUUUGGAAGUGAAUUCCCAUGUUUAUUUCAAUCACAGAAGAAGAGAAUGGAAACUGAUGAAGAACUAAUGACAGUAAAUAUAUUAACUUAAAAGACAGGUGUUCAAGAUACAGCUCCAUCAUCAAUUUACAAACACAAAAAUACACUUCCCAGGGAUGUCCAUAAAAUUGGUAACUCAACCUAUAUAUUGAGUAGAACAACUAUUACUGUAUAGCGCAUCUUACAAAGGGAGUAUCCACAUUUUUUUUUUUUUUGCUUAAACAA